CCCUUGUCGUCCGGAGACAUGUCUGGAUCCCGAACGGGAAACGACCCCCGUGGGGCCCCGCGUCGAGAGGUAUAUGAUAAUAGAGGGAUCGUCAGACUUCGCUGAUGCCCUUUUGUCGCUUGAUCUCAUCCUCAUCUCUUGCCACCAUCACAGCCAACAGCUCGUUCAAAAUUGUCGCGCGGCUCUGAGCACCGGUUGUCCACCAUGUCGGAUCCCGAGAAGACGCGUGCUGCGAGCACUGAGCAUAAUGAAGCCCCUCCACAGUUGGAAAAGGCGGCCGCACCCGCAGAAGCCAUCUCCGCUACCUUUGAAGUCACAGGCGGUGCUCCCAACCCAUGGGGCAAGGGUCAUUUGAAGCUGUACGCGGCAUGCCUGAUCAUUUACCUUUGCUCGACGAUGAACGGAUAUGACGGCUCGCUCAUGGGCUCCAUCAAUGCCUUACCAGAGUAUCAGGAAUACUACAACCUGGGGAAAGGCGGCACGUCCACCACCGGCCUCGUUUUCUCCAUCUUCCAGAUUGGACAGAUGAUCGGCGCCCUCUUCACCUGGAUCUGUGACUGGCGCGGCCGAAAGAUUACCAUGAUCGUGGCCUGCUUCGGCAUCUUAGCCUCGGCCAUCUUCACCGCGUUGGCGCCGACCCUGGCAUCCUUCAUCGGUGCUCGGUUCCUCCUCAGCUUCUUCUCUACCAUUGCCACAGUGGCGGCACCGCUCCUUCUUGUCGAGAUUGCGCCGCCGCUGCAUCGAGGCGCAGUGGCUGGCGCUUACAACACGCUGUAUUACAUGGGCAGCAUCAUCGCUACAUUUGCCAUGUACGGCGCGAACCUUCAUCUGAGCGGCAAUCUCAAGUGGCGACUGCCUCUCUGGCUUCAGAUGCUUUGCCCUGGUUUCGUCUGCAUUCUGGGUUGGAUCGUGCCCGAGAGUCCCAGGUGGCUCAUCGCCAAGGGCAGAUACGACGAGGCUCGCAACUUUAUCAUUACUCAUCACGCCAACGGCGACGCCCAUCAUCCUAUCGUGGCCAUCGAGAUGAACGAGAUCGAAGCCUCGCUGCGCGACGGUCAGCUGCGCUCAGCCAAGUCAUAUUUCGACCUGCGAACUCUUGUCAAGUCACGGAGCAGGCUGUAUCGCCUGAUGCUUGCCAUGACUAUGGCUUGGUUUGGACAAUUCUCUGGCAACAACGUGUCUAGCUAUUAUCUGCCUGUGAUGGUGGAGAAUGUUGGCAUCACUUCAGUCAACACGGUCCUACUUCUGAACGCCAUCUAUGCAGUUACAGGCUGGAUUGCGGCAACGGCUGGAGCCCGGUUGCACGACAUCUUUGGCCGUCGCAAGAUGCUCAUGUCGUCUUGCGCUGGCAUGUCCGUUUCGCUGGCGGUUGUAGCUGCCACCGCCGCCAAGUACGAGCAGACGGGAAGUCAGGCGGCUAGCUCGGCUAGCAUUGCCUUCAUCUACAUCUUCGGCGUUGUCUUUGCCAUCGCUUUCACGCCCAUGCAGCCCAUCUACCCGGCCGAAGUGCUGGCUAAUGAUAUGCGCGCCAACGGCAUGAUGAUGUUCCAAAUCACGGCCGGAUGCGCCAGCUUCGUCAACACAUUCGCUGCCCCUAUUGCCAUGAAGAAUAUCAAGUACUGGUUCUAUGUGUUCUUUGUCUUCUGGGACAUAUUUGAGCUUGCCUUUAUUUACUUUUUCUACGUUGAGACGAAGGGCCGAACUCUUGAAGAAUUAGACCAGGUGUUUGAGGAGAAGAACCCCCGCAAGGCCAGUACCCGGAAGGUGACGGUGGAGUGA